AUGACGAUUGUUGAGAUGAGAGUGCAUAUGGACUGUCCGGGGUGUGAAACCAAAAUCAUGAAAGCCCUCUCCAAAUUAGAUGGUGUGGACACCAUAGACAUAGACAUGUACAUGCAAAAAGUGACAGUCACUGGAGUAGCCCAUCAUGACAAGGUUCUUAAAACAGUCAGAAAAACCGGCCGGCUGGCUGAGCUUUGGACAUCUCCUUACAACCCAGAGUACCACGAUUAUUGCAGCCGGUACAACUACUAUGGCAGCUCGGAUUAUAACUACAUGAACAGCCAUCCCAAUGGCUUCAUGUCUGAGCCAUGCUCAUAUGGCUACUACAUGGCUGAGCCAUCCAGAUCCUCUUGGUACAACUACUACAAGCAUGGGUACAAUAGGCAUGAUCAUGGCUACUACCAACGGCCGCCAUCCUUGGCCAUCCUCGGGGAGGAGGCCGCCACCUAUUUUAGCGACGAUAAUGCCAAUGGAUGUUGGAUUAUGUGA